GGACUUGUUUAGACGGUAUCUAUAUUUUGUCCGUGGUCGUUCGAGACGAGUGGAUAUAAAAGUGUGUUCAAUUGUUUCGCCAAAAAGGUAGUGAAAAGUGCGACAUUUGUCGUCCCUUCUGACAAGAAUUUGUCACUCCUCACAGUUGAAGUGUCGUUAGUUGCGCUGCGAUCAACAAAUAUUUAUACAUCAAUAAAAAAAAAAUAAAUAAAUAAAUACAGAAAAAAAGAUCCGAGCAAAUGACCUUACUCUGAAAGUGACUUACUUACUCCGAAAAUCAAUUAGUUGUAAUUAAAAAAAAAAUAAUAAUAAAAAAGUGAUCAAAAAUGUCUAAACAUAAGGCACCUACAUCGCCCAUCGUUGAAGAGGAUCAAUUCUUCGUGCGACGAAAACCAGACCCGAUUCCGUUCCAUAAAUUUUUAUACAACUCGAGAGAGGGCACAGUACUUGGCAGAUCAGGAACCUCCUGGGCAAAAAUUGGCAUAUUUUACACAGUAUUUUAUGGAUGCUUAGCAGCCCUAGUAGCCGUUUGUAUGUGGGUGUUCUUCCAAACGUUGGACCCCAGAAUACCAAAAUGGAAAUUAGACCAAUCGCUCAUAGGAACAAAUCCAGGUCUCGGUUUUCGACCAUUGCCUCCAGAUGAUAAUGUGGAAAGUACACUGAUUUGGUAUCGCGGCACUGACAAGGAAAACUUCAAACACUGGACAGAAUCGUUGAAUGAAUUUUUAGAAGUCUACAAAACACCCGGUUUGACCCCUGGUCGUGGUCAAAACAUCUACAACUGCGAUUACACUUCUCCACCACCAGCUGGCCAAGUGUGCGACGUCGACAUCAAAAAUUGGGCACCAUGCACGCAAGAAAACAACUACAACUACCAUCGCAGUGCCCCGUGCAUCUUCUUGAAGUUGAAUAAAAUCUACGGAUGGAUUCCAGAAUUCUACAAUGAAUCCGACAAACUGCCAGACAAAAUGCCAAAUGAACUUAAAGAACACAUCAAGGGAAUCGAAAAGACAGAAAGGCCAGCUUUGAACACGAUUUGGGUGUCAUGCGAAGGUGAGAAUCCAGCUGAUAUUGAGAAUAUUGGUCCAGUCAAGUAUUACCCACGUCGCGGAUUCCCCGGAUAUUUCUAUCCAUUCGAGAACUCAGAGGGAUAUUUGAGUCCAUUGGUUGCCGUACAUUUUGAAAGACCAGUUCGAGGCAUCAUCAUCAAUGUUGAAUGCAAGGCUUGGGCUCACAAUAUUAAACACGACAGAGCUGACAGAAUAGGUUCCGUUCACUUUGAAUUGAUGAUUGAUUAAGAAGUCACUCCAACUCUCACUCUCUCUCUCUCUACUAAAUACUUCAGUAUGCAGCAAGAAGAUUAUCUUACGUCGUUGUUUACGAACACUCGGCAACUUUAGUGCACGGCAACUUUAGUAACUAACGCUGUCCAUGAAUGUUAUUUAUUAUUUUAAAAUUUAUUGUUCGUCCUUUUACCGUUAUCACAUUCUCAUUUUUUUGUCUCUUUUUCUUUAUUAAUACACAGAAUCUCUUAGAAGAAUCUCCAAAACGAAUUUCAUUUUAAAAAUGUACGAAAGCGAAGAAAAUCUCGUCAAUUAUGAUGUUACAAAGUCUUUUACAUAUAAUACCUUUUUAAAAAAAAAAUGUUAGCAUUUAAGCGAUUUUAUUAUUUUUUCGUCUUUUCGUUAUUUUUAAUCGAACGAUCUGAUAUUGGCAUCCAGAUUAAAUAUUUUUUUUUGCUUUGUUAAUCACUUUAUCCUUUAUAAAAAACGGAAAAAAUGCCAAGAUAGGAAAUAAAACGCUCCCUUGAGCACCUUUCUGUAUUGUUUUUGUAGUUUUAAGUUAAUCUUUAGAGUACGAAUAAUAAAAACAAAAACAUUUUUAGAACAGUUUCUUGUUCUAAGAUUCACGCCUCAAAACGUACAGUACUAUUUAGUUGUAGAAAAAAAGAAGAAUAUAUAGAAUUUAAGAUAAAAAAAAGAAAAUCAUUUUAUUUUAUUAUAUCGUGCGUUAAAACUUUUAUUUUUUUCCGGAGAGUUAUACACAAUGCUUUGCUUGUUUUUAUUUUUCUUUUUAACUUAAAAAUACUCACCGUUCGGUGCCUCAUAUUUAAUGGUGUUCAAAUAUCAAAGCAAUAUCUAAGUUUAUUCAAGGCCUACUUUUGUCUCGAAAUAUUUAUUUUUAAAUUUAAUUGUAAUAAAAAGACAAAAAAAAAAUAAAUAAUUAAAAAUUCGAAUAAAAAGACAUUUCUAGUUCUAAAUUUUUCAUAAACUUUUCUAAAAAUUACUUGUCUAAAUUUAAAAAUAUUAAAAAGUCAAGCCAUUUUUGUGUUAGAAAUUUUAAUAAAAAAAUAAUACUAUUGUACAAAAAGAAAACCAGGCCAGAGAAUUUGCAAAGUAUAUUUUUAAAAUAAAUAAAAAAAAAUUAUGAAAAAAAUAUAUAAAAAUUAAAUAAGAAGAAAAAUAUUUUA